UAUGCAUGCAGCCUCCACGCAGCUCCAUUCACAACUAGCGCUCGCAGCCCUUGGCCCCUCUUCCCUCUCUCCCUGCAGGCUGCGUGGAUUUCACUCAACUCAGCCUAAAUGACCACAAACGGUUAACGGACGGACUGUAAGAUGGAUGGAUAUUUGGACCAGCAAGUGCCUUACACUUUAGCAAAUAAGUCGCAAGGAAAUGGACCCUUAAAUAGACUGUUGAUGGCAGCAAAGAGGAAAUACAUGGACACGGAAUUGCCCCCUCAGGAAUCUGAAGACCUUUUUCAGGAUUUAAGCCAACUCCAAGAGACAUGGCUCACAGAAGCUCAGGUUCCUGACAGUGACGAGCAGUUUGUUCCUGAUUUCCACUCCGAGAACUCGGUGGCAUUUCACAGCCCGCCGGUCACUAUCAAGAAGGAACCCCAGAGUCCGGGCUCCGACCCCAGCCAGUCCUGUAGCCACAAGCAGACCUUCAGCUACCCCAAUGGAGAGCAGUGCCUUUAUGCCAGUGCAUACGAGCAGAAAAGUGCUGCAGGAGGGGCCAAGAGCUCCUGCCCAGGGACCCCCAUGUCUCCCAUGCAGCAGCAUUACUCCCCCAAACCUACUGUGGCCGGACGGCCCGACGCUGGCUAUAUGAACCCCCCCGCCACCUCCCAGCCACUGCCCAGCCAAAACUACCCCAUCAACCCCAGUUCUAGGUAUCAGGGUCCUUCGGCGGAUCCCAUGUGUCCACAGUUCAACCCACCAGGGCAGGCCUUCCAGCGCCUGCCAUCCGCUCCAGCUGGAGUAGCGCAUGGUGGGGGCAGUGGAGCUGGAGGUGGAGGAGGAGGAGGAGGAGGACCAGGGGGUGGAGGCGGCGGUGGUGGCUAUCAUCGGCAGCACUCAGACCCCUGCAUGCCCUACCUGCAGCAGAGCUUUAAGCAAGAGUACCUGGACCCUCUGUAUGAGCGGGCGGCCCACAUGGCAGGACCAGGGCCAGGGCACGGGCCAGGACCAGCACAUGGGCACGGACCUCACCCCCAUCCACAUCCACAUCCACACCCGCAUCCACAUCCACAUCCACAGCACCAUCCACACAGGUUCCCACCAGCCCACAUGAUGGUCAAGCAGGAGCCCACAGACUACACCUAUGAUCCUGAUGUGCCUGGAUGCCCCUCCAUGUACCACCACAGCGAGGGCUACCCCAACCCCCAGCACAGCAAUGAAGGCUAUCUCUUUGAAAACGACUCCCGCGUGGUCCCAGAGAAGUUUGAAGGUGAGGUGAAGCAGGAGGGGGGUAGUGUGUUUCGUGAGGGCACGCCCUACCAGCGCCGCGGCUCUCUGCAGCUUUGGCAGUUCUUGGUGGCCCUGCUGGACGACCCAGGCAACGCCCACUUCAUUGCGUGGACCGGCCGUGGCAUGGAGUUUAAACUCAUUGAACCAGAAGAGGUGGCCAGGCUGUGGGGCAUGCAGAAGAACCGUCCAGCCAUGAACUACGACAAGCUCAGCCGCUCUCUGCGCUAUUACUAUGAGAAGGGAAUCAUGCAGAAGGUGGCGGGGGAGCGCUACGUUUACAAGUUUGUGUGCGAGCCUGAGGCCCUCAUCUCCCUGGCCUUCCCCGACAAUCAGCGGCCCAGCCUAAAGGCCGAAUUUGAGCGCUAUGUCAACGAGGAGGACACAGUGCCCCUGUCCCACCUGGAUGAGGGAGUGUCCUACCCUGCAGAACAACCCCCCCAAACCAUGGGCCCACAGCCCUACUCCAAAGGCUACAUGUACUAACGCCCCCUCCCCUCCCUCCUUCAGACACCUGUCAUACCCACCCAUCCUCAUACACGCCCCCCCUUCCCCCUGCACCUCUUGCACAUGCCCACCCCAUCCACUUGUAUAUAAGGCUAUGGUGUUGUUUUUUUUUGUUUUUUUUUUUGUUUAAAUUAAUCUCAUUAGGGAUUUUUUUUCCGAGUUUUUAAAAGCUGCAUUCCUCUCACAUCUGAGGCCUAUUCAAUCCAUAAAUAUGACUGUGGUUAAAGAAAUUGCUUAAUAAAGACC